GAUCUAAGCAGACAUCUGCCAAACUAUCGUCAUCAGUACAACGACCUGGAAACUAAGAGACCCUGCUUGGACAUACAUGUUAAUGUGUACGUCUAGGUGUCCAGACUAACAAGGCCAGCUGCAGAUGACUGUAAUUCACGCAGAGUACAGAACUUCUCGUGAUUGUUGAUGCUGAACACCUGGCUGAGAUGUUUGCAUCAGGUCAGCUCAAGACAUUUUAAACCAAGGGAUUGAUGGUCAAGUGCAUCAUUGACAGUUCUUUCUGAUACCAAGCCUUUGUCCCUUUGUUUGUGUUCCAGGGAAGUUGAUUUGUUUAUACUUUGUUCACAAAUAACUAAGUACUUGGCAAGUGUACCGUACAAGAAAGUAUGCGUGGUGUCAACGAGAGACAUCUUUGCGUGUGCUGUUCUCAAGUUCUUUUGGAUGAAACAUGAUUUUUUAGUUUUCCAGCAGUGUUCGUUUAUGUACAGAAUAAUACUGGAUUCAUCAUACAGUUGUCUCUACAACUGUGUGUUUUGUAUGAGCGAAAUUUGAAUGCAGCUUCUAGUGCCAGUAUUCUCAGUGGAAUAAGUUUGUGUUUUCAUAACUAGCCUUGUGUUCUACGACAUACGAGGCCUCAUAGAUCAGGCUUAGUGACUAACACAGUGGAGUAUUACGUAUGUACAUAUAACACUGCUGAUGGACAAAUGCUAUAUAUGCACUGGUAUUUGGGUCGAUCGGUAUCGAGAUUACGACGACAACAACCUCACCAGAAUCCACUACAAUCCCCUCGAGGUUAUGGGGAGGAAACAAGGAAAUUAACGCACAGUGUAGUCCAUUAACGGAGGUUGUGUUGAUUAGGGCUUCGAAACGUGGCAGUCUCCAGCCCCCACCCUCUGGGUGCAUGGGGCUCUUCCUUCCUCUGCAUUAAGUGGUACAUCGCACGGAUUAUCAAACACAUGACGUGGAAUGGUUGAUCAUGAGAGUAGACACUUUGGCCUCUCGCAAAGAAUGGGCAAAUAUGCCGAUCUCUGCAGCUUCCAAAUACACCACGGGUCGUCGUGAAAGCAACACAAGGGCGAGCCAUGUGGUGGAUGAUGCAGAGGGACACCUUAUUUAUCGCAAGGGGGACGUCCUACAAGCUCGAUAUGAGAUUACGUCCACUCUUGGUGAAGGAACUUUCGGUAAAGUCGUGGAAGUUAAGGACCUUCAGAAGAAUGGAGAUAAGGUAGCAUUAAAAAUUAUUAAAAAUGUGGAAAAGUACAGAGAAGCUGCAAAGUUGGAGAUCAAUGUGUUGGAAAAGAUCAAGGAAAAAGAUCCAGAUGGCCAGUAUUUGUGUGUACAGAUGUUAGACUGGUUUGAUUACCAUGGUCAUAUGUGCCUAGUGUUUGAUAUGCUGGGGCUCAGCGUCUUUGAUUUCUUGAAAGACAACAGUUACAUCCCAUAUACGAUAGAACAGGUCCGACAUAUCUCAUACCAGUUGUGCUAUGCAGUAAAAUUUCUCCAUGACAACCAACUAACUCAUACAGAUCUGAAGCCCGAAAAUAUUUUAUUUGUCAACUCCGACUUUGACUCAACGUGGAAUCCUAGAAAAAGAAGAGAUGAAAGGCAUAUACUAAACACAGAUAUAAGGCUGAUAGACUUUGGUUCGGCCACGUUUGACCAUGAACAUCAUAGUACCAUUGUGUCCACUCGGCAUUACAGGGCUCCUGAAGUCAUACUAGAAUUAGGGUGGUCCCAGCCAUGUGAUGUGUGGAGUAUAGGAUGUAUCAUGUUUGAGCUGUACACAGGGUUUACACUAUUCCAGACCCACGACAAUAAAGAACACUUGGCUAUGAUGGAGAGGAUUUUGGGGUCCUUGCCUUACAGAAUGGCCAAAAAAUCCAAAAAAAGCAAGUAUUUCUAUCAUGGUCGUUUGGAUUGGGAUGAGAGAAGCUCAUCGGGCAGAUACGUGCGAGAAUCCUGCAAACCUUUGAGGCAAAAUUUACGAGACAAAGCUCCGGAACAUUUACAGCUGUUAGAAUUGAUAAACCGGAUGUUAGAGUUUCUGCCGGAGCUUAGAAUCACCCUUAGGGAAGCCAUCGAAGACCCAUUCUUUUUCCCUGUCCAUCGGGAAUAUCAGAAAAAGGAGAAGGAAACGAAGCGUCGAAAAGAAAUGGCAGCUGCAGCGGAAGCUGUGAAGGAAGUUGCGCAGUUCAUAGAUGAGAACAAAGAGUUUGAAGCAGAGGCCACUGAACAGGCAAAACCUUCAACUAGCAGUGCUGAUGCAGUCCAAAAUGACACUGAAGCCAAACCAGCUAAUGAUCAAAAUGAUGCUGCUGCCACAGAGCCAAGCAAAACCAACAAUGCUGCAAGUGAGAAUGUUGCAGAUGGUCAACAGGUGCCAGUGACAAACGGUAAAGUAGAUCCAACACAAGGAGAAACUGUUCCACCACCCCCAACCGAGACAAAGCCACGGCGUAGACGGAGAAGACCUAUCCGAGAGCGACCCGUCUCAGAGAUAAAUCCAGAAAGUGUAGGGGCCUCUCAAGCUGCAUCAGCUGACAACAAAGUUUCUAAUGAAGCUCCAUCGAAAGCAUCCAGUUACCCUGACAAGACAGAUUCAGGUGCCACUAAUGUAACCUCUUUGGCAGAAGACACUUCUGCUGUUGAGAACGUCAAUGCCAGUAAUUCAGGAACUGCAGAGGCAGCCACCUCAAAUAAUGAUACGGUUUGUAAGGAAAAAGAUGCUACUGUCACAGAAUCGGAGAAAACUGAAAAUGAGGAUGGUGUGAAGACGAAUGAUGGGAAAUCAGAACAGGUUGUAGAUGAAGCCAAGCCAACAGCCAAAACAUCCACCCCUGACGGGGAGAAAAUCAGGACUGAUGAUGCUAUUGACUUGAGCAAGGAUAAGCCUUCUGGGGUUGAGGCCACUGAGAAAACUGCACCUGAAAACCAGGGUGAUGUGAUUGCAGCAAGUGAAGUAAACAUGGCAGAUAAUCCACCGGGUGACCAAUGCAAGACCUUUAAAACAAAUGUGAAAGUAACUUUUCCAGGGAGCUCAUUCGGUACAGAAGUUGACAAGCAAGAGAACAUCUCAAAGCAGAAAGAUCAGACCGUACCAGAUGCAACAAAUAAGGAUGCAGAAGUGUCCGAGAAGAGUGCGGCAAACUCUGAAGUUGGUUCAAGUGUUGAUGGAGCUACAGGUGUUGAGUCCAGCAGUAAAAGUAACAAGGCGGAUGAUUCCAACAGUGUUGAUGUUGUUCCAGCUACCAGUGACACUGAUGUUCCACCAAACAAAAGUGAAGUUGCCAAAGUUGAUAAUGAAUUAAAGGAGGCUGCGCCUUUAUCCACAAACUUAUCCUCUGUUGUGGAAGGAGCUGCUUCUGAUUUGAACAGCAGAUCGUCUCUGAAUGAUGCUGCACCAACCACAGUAACAGCUGACAGCGAGGAUGUUGUCGAUAAAACCGGUGAAAAAGGUAAAGAUGAAGGUGGUGAUGCCUCCGAGUCCGACCAAUGGGUUGAAAACGUGGCACAGCCACCGUCAGAGUCCGACCCAUCAAAGACCGCUGGUAAUGGUAUUGACACUAACUCUGUUGUUGCCGAUGGUGCUUCUGCUGUGUUAAGCCUUAACAAUGGGCAGCUUGUUGAUGUUGGUAGUGAUGUGCCUAUUGUGGUUGACUUUGGCUUUGAUGUUAACAAUACCGACAGUGGUUCAGCAAAGGCUGGAAACUCUCAGGCCUCAGGCUCUGAUAUGGUAGCAGAAUUUCAGAUUAAGAUUAGGGACCACGAACCCUCCCCCAAGUUCAAGGACGUAGCUGUCAAUGUUGUUGAAGCUGAUUUUGUGAUAAGAGAUGCCUCUGAUAAGGUGAUUUCGCCCCGACGGUGGGUACAUGUUACAGACAAAUCGACUCAGACUGACAAUGUUAUAAUUAUGAGGAUGGCAAGCAAGGUCAGCAAGGGCUCCGAGUCCGAUGUGGAUUUCGCUGACGCCGUCGGUGACAUUGACAGCAAGGAGAUGGAGUCAGAAGUCUUCAAGGACGCCGAAUCUGACUUGGUGUUAGCAAAACCCCCAUCUGUUAACUGUGCCACUUCCCCCACCCCCGUGUCGCGCCCUGAAAACUCCACUUCGGAUCCCACCAAGCAGACAAGGUCAUCGGCAAGAGGUCAUUAGACGUGGGCAACAAGUGAACACAAGAUACAUACAUGAGGAUAACAUUGAUCAUCGGCAGUUGUUUGACUUAAUCCUGAAGAUGUUGGAAUAUGAUCCCCACAGUCGUAUCACGCUGAGGGAAGCCGUGUUUCACCCAUUUUUCCGAAACUGCCACAUCAGCGA